UUGACCAACCCCCCUAACGGCACUACCUCCUCGCUGCAGGCAAUCCAAAAAACCUUCCGGGGAAGGACGCCUAUCUUUCCGGCUGGCAAAGUUUUUGGUGCCACACUGGCUCGCAUCGCGAAAUUGGCCUUGUCUUGUGCGCCUUUGUGCGGGUGGCGCGCCGAGCCGCCGAUGGGUGGGAAACUCGUCAUAAAGAAAAUCUGUCGAUUAUACAUGGUGUUGCGAGAAGAGGCGUUCCGUGUAGUGACGGUGCUUAGGGUGACAGGUUAA